GGCAAAACAAAACAAAUUAAUCAACCAUCCAAAAUUUCCCUUCUCUGAUAUUUUCUCUCGAAAUCAAAGAUUGUAAAAGAAAAUUUGUUUAAUUUAAUAAAAUCCCACAAUUUUUUACAAUUAUUAAAAACAAUAAUUAUAAAAUUCUCAAAUCCGAUCCCAUGGCUUCUCGUCGCCGUGUGCUUCUAAAGGUCAUAAUUCUCGGUGACAGCGGGGUUGGGAAGACAUCUCUGAUGAAUCAGUAUGUUAAUCGUAAAUUUAGUAAUCAGUAUAAAGCGACGAUAGGAGCCGAUUUUUUGACAAAAGAGGUUCAAUUUGAAGAUAAAUUGUUCACAUUGCAGAUAUGGGAUACUGCAGGGCAGGAAAGGUUUCAAAGUUUAGGUGUGGCUUUCUACCGUGGCGCUGAUUGCUGUGUACUAGUGUAUGAUGUGAAUGUCAUGAAGUCCUUUGAUAAUCUUAACAACUGGCGCGAAGAGUUUCUGAUUCAGGCCAGCCCAUCUGACCCUGAAAACUUUCCAUUUGUUGUGUUGGGAAACAAGGUUGAUGUUGAUGGUGGCAAUAGUCGAGUGGUUUCCGAAAAGAAAGCAAAGGCUUGGUGUGCUUCAAAAGGAAACAUACCAUACUUUGAGACCUCUGCAAAAGAAGGAUUCAAUGUUGAUGCAGCAUUUGAGUGCAUAGCCAAAAAUGCUCUCAAGAAUGAACCUGAAGAAGAAAUAUACCUUCCUGAAACUAUUGAUGUUGCUGGUGGAGGACGGCCACAGAGAUCGACAGGGUGUGAAUGUUAAAUGAGUUGUUGGAUAUGACUGUUUUUGCCAGAGUGCAAAAACAUCUGCCAUAGAUUUCUGGUUUCUAUCAGUUAAUGGUGCAGGUUCUGACAAUUACUAAUAAACUAGGGAUGAUAACACUCCUAUAAGGUUCGAUUUUUGUAUCAGUAAGUUGGUUAAAAAAGAAAAGUUGAGGUGAUCCUCCUCUUGUUGAUUUCUUUUUAUUUACAACAAUUGAUUGUUCAUUAAUCGUCCUGUUUGAAAGUAAUUAUACCAUGGUUCCUACUUCCCAUGUCAUUAUCACCGAUAUUCUAUUAUUCUGUAAUAAAAUAUGGAGUCUCUGUUGUAUUC